AUGACCGCCAUCGCGGCGAUUGCGGUCAAAAAUUCAUCGCAUUUUUGCUGGUUAUUAUUUGAUCAAAAAUUGACCGCGAUAGAAAUUUUGCGGUGGUCUAAGAUUACACAGUUAUGCAAUCUUUAUUUUUUACUUGCGCAGUUUGGGAUAUUUUCUUUGUUGUGCAAUUUUUUUUCGACCAGUGCGCAAUUUACUUCCAGGAAUGGUGUAAAUCUGAAUACAGUCAACACAACUCCAAAGGACGGGUCCGAAAACCAAGGAAAACGCAAUUUGGUUUCUGAGUUGACGCAAAUUGACCAAUUAAACUUACGCAAAUUGGUAUUUAAAAAGACGCAAAUUGGUGCCGUGAGCGCUGUAUGUGAGGGAUCGCCAUUGUUUGUAUAUACAAAUCUCGAUUUGGCAUUGCAAAGAGACGUCAAGCUAAUCGUUUCCAUAAUUAUUGAUUAA